AGGGCACGCCCCGCCUGCGACAAUCCCAGCGGCUGUGGCACCACAGGGCCCUACGGACCCGACCCGUGCGCACAGAGCGGGUGUGUGGCUCCGCCGGCAGAGCUCUCCCGGGAGGCGGCAGGGCCUCACCUUCUCCGCCUGCGCAUGCCCACUUGUUGUCUGUCAAGGUGGACGUGUGCGUGCCCUGUGACUGAGGAUUCUAGUCUUCCACACACCUGUAAUCCUUGCACUUGACAGGCUGAGGCAGGAGGAUCGCUGUGAGUUCAAGGCCAGCCUGAACCAUGUAAGGAGACCCUGUCUCAAAAACAAAACAAUUCUACUUCUCAGUUAAGCCUUCAAGCGGGUUGGCCGAGCAAGCCUUUUGGUGUGAGGCAUAUAUACCCCGAGUGAGGAAUGGCUUAUCUAUUUUUAAAUGGUUAAUGAAAAAAAUAAAAAGUAUUUUACAACGUGCAAAAACAUUUGACAUUUAAGUCCCAAUGUCCAAGUAUAAUUCAUUUACUUCGUGGGUGUGUGCGCCUGAACAUGCCUGUGUGUGAUACUGGGGGUUGAACCCAGGGCCUUUGUGCUGAGCUACAUCAUUUUUACUUUGCGACAGGGUCCUGCUAAGUCACUAAAUUGCCCACAAUGGGCUCAAAUUUGAAUCCUCCUGUCUCAGUCUCCCAGAGUGCUGGGAUUACAGACGUGCAUCACUGUGCCUGGCUCGUGUACGUAUUUUUCAUAGCUGCUUUUGUGCUAGAAAGGCAGAAUUGAGAAGUUGUGACCGAGCCGGCUCGGCACAGGCUUAAAACACGUGGGCGUGCUGUCUGGCCUCUGCGUCCACAUUGUCCGGCCUGGCUCCACGUCUGGGGACUCACCCCGGAAAGAUCUGGAGGGAGUCAGUUGUGUCUGUCCUGGACACUAGUGCACUCCUCGUGAUCACCCCGGCAUGGCGUGAUGACUGAGCCCCCGGUGUUCGAAUGGCCCCGGGCGAGGUGUGGUACCGGGUGUCAGCCCCCGUGAACGCCAUGUCAUCUACGCCGGGACCUUGGGCAUGGGCAGUCCAGUGCCCACAGGGGUCAGGGGGUGAUAAUCCCCCGUACAGAGGGGCAGACGCAAGGGACAUCCAGAGCUGUUUUUGUUUUUGGUUUUGUUUUUAACGUGAUAGUAAAAACAAUUUGCAAACUCGGACCAGGUGGCAGAACGUGAACGAGGGGCAGGUGACGGCUCCACCACGCAUGGCCACCAGAGGGCGCCCCAGCCUCAGAGACGCCCGCCUGGGCUCUGCCCCUUGCAUCCAGAGCACCUUCUGUGCUUGGGCGCGGACAGCCCCGCCAGGCAGGCCCCAGGCCCCACGGAGCUCAGAACUGAGGCAGAUCCCUCCUCGUUGAGACACCAAGUCUGCUUCUGUGACCUUGGGUAGGGUCCUACCCUCCUGGCCCAGGUCACAGGCUGCAGGGGCACCAAGGCUGCUUCCGGUGCUAAUGCUGCAGGGUUCCAGCGCGUGGGACCCACAGACUCACCUUCCUCACCCCUGCCCGGUCCACCCUGGGCCGGGGGAGUGUCAUGCCCCAGGUCCCCAUUCCAAAGCCCCGGGACUGUGUUGUAGUGGACCAGAGCAACUGUGCCAGCCUCAUGUGCCAGGGCAAUUGUGCGAGGAGGUGGAAGGGCAGGGUCAGGUGAGCCAAGGGCCCCAAGAGGGUCUUGAUUCAUUCAGGACUGACAUCCGGUUUCCUCUGGCCUCUGCCUGGAUUCCGGGGGCUUAAGGGGGUGAGUCAUGGGGGCUUGUUGGGGAGUUCCCAGAUAAUCAGCUUGGGACAGGACGACCUGGAAGGACCCACGGUGCCUCUCCAAGUGCGGGAAGGAAAACUCAGGGUCCUGUCUCAGGGCCGGCCCACAAGAGGCCAAGAGGGCCCUGGGAGUUUCUGGGUCAGCGGGAGGAGGCAACGAGCUGCUUCCUCGGCCCUAGAAUUAGACCUUGGGGGCAGGAGGCUUGGGACUCCCGGGGAGGGGCACAGGGGCUCCGCAGGGUUCCCGCCCGAGCUCGGAGGGGCGUCGGUCCCCAUGGAGGACCCUGGGACAGCCUCCAGCCUCCCCCUCCCCUUCGGCCUCCCGGACUUCGGGCCUUUGGGCCUUUGUCAGUUUCUGGUCAACCCCCGGGGGGGGGGGGGCUCAGCCCUGGGCGUGGCCUAGUGGAGGAAGAGAAUUUGAGGGGGACCAGACGUCAAAGAAGGAUCAGAGAUUCCACAGUUUCACAAAACUUUCGCAAACAGCUUUGUGUCCCAACGCCCUUGCAUUGUCCUGGACACCAACAAAUUUGCAUAACUCCUGGGAAGUUAUUACUAAGUCUUUGUCGUAGCCCCAGGUAAUUUCCUCCCAGGGCUCCAUGGGUUCUGUAUAAAGGUCCUCCAAGUGGGUCUGACAGCCACAGCCAGCAGUCCCAGCCCUCCCUGCACCCCCAUGGCCCACGCUGCUGCCCCGCGGCCUGUGAAGCUGAUGGCCCUACUGCUGCUCUUGCACAGUGCGCUCUGGCCCGGACACAAGGCCGCGCCCCUGGACACUGCCAGCCCCCUGCCCCUGCCCCGAAGCUUCGUGCUCAAGUGCUUGGAGCAGGCACGGAGGGUCCAGGCCGAAGCCGUGGAGAUGCAGCAGAAGCUAUGUGCCACGUACAGGCUGUGCCACCCCGAGGAGCUGACACUGCUGGGCCACUCCCUGAGCAUCCCAUGGGUCCCCCUGAAGGGCUGCUCCAGCCAGGACCUGCAGCCGACCCGCUGCCUGCGCCAGCUCCAGGCCGGCCUGGUCCUCUACCGGGGCCUCCUGCGGGCACUGGUGGGGAUCUCCCCAGAACUGUCCCCCACUGUGGACACGCUGCAGCUGGAUGUUGCUGACUUUGCCACCACCAUCUGGCAGCAGAUGGAGGACCUGGGAACAGCCCCGGCCGUGCAGCCCACCCCGGGCACCAUGCUGACCUUCACCUCUGCCUUCCAGCGCCAGGCAGUCGGGGCGAUGGUGGCCUCGCAGCUGCAGUGCUUCCUGGAGCUGGCCUACCGUGCCCUGCGCUACCUCAGGGGGCCCUGAGCUGGCUCCCGCCAGUGUAUUUAUCUCUAUUUAAUAUUUAUGCCUAUUUAACCCUCGUAUUUAAGCUCAGGGGAGACAGAGCCCAGCCCAACUCCUGGGUGCUUCCUCCCCAUCUCGAGCUCCAUUCUCCUGCCCACAGCAGUGAGGAACUCUGCCCUCCUGCCCCGAGCGGGAGGCAGAUAGGUAAAUACCAGGUAUUUAUUCCCGAGCCGGCACUGGCCUGCUCCGUCCUGGGCACUGGGGACCGAGUUCGGCCCCCACCCCAGUGCUGCCCAGCGGUGGCCCAGGCACUUCGGGAGGCCGCCCACGUGGGAGGCCACAUCCCUGUUUAAUAUUUAAACAGCACUGUUCCCAGCUCAUGGCUGGGUCCCUGUCCGCCACCUGUCCCCACUCCACCACACAGGUCUCGAGCCCUGGAAUUUAAGUUUUUCUCUAGUUUUUGGGUGGGUUUUGACUCCAGCACCAGGGGGUGCCCCCCUGGCCUCCACCAAGGCGGGGUUCUCUCUGGAGCCCCCCACGGAAGGGAAUGAAAGGGGGAGUCAGGGAAGGGGUGAAAGGGAGCCCGCCCCUUCUCGCUGUAACAAGUGUGUGGAUAAUAAAGUUGGUGGCUCCUGAG